AGUAGUUACCAUAAAAAGAGAGUGUAAACUUUUAAGUUGUGUUACAGAUCUACUUAAUGUGGUUCUUGAAUUGUGAAAUCUUGUUUUGCUGAAAGAUAAAGGGAUUUGUUUAAGAAACUGGAACCAAAACAGACCAACAGUGAUCACAAUCAGAAUCAGCUUUAUUGGUCAAGUAUAUGAAAACAAACAAGGAUUUGGGCUCUGUUUUUUUUCUCUUUGCUCUCAAUGUACUUAACAGAAUAGACAAAAAGACAACAGCAACAUAACACAAACAAUAACAACGUGUACAGUGUGUUUAGAUUUAUAUUUGCAAUGCAAUGGUGCAGUGUGCAAUAAAUUGUGGAACAAAUAACAGAUAGAUCACUAGUUAUAUAUACAGUAUAUGCAUGGGAUAUUGACAGUAUUAUAUGCAAUUUUUAAUAAUCAGUGUGAAUACAUUUAAUAUUCUUAUCUGACUUAAAUAAUUUUUAUAGCAUUUCUUAAGUGUUAAAGUUGUAACUAAAAAUAAACAAAUUAGUAUUUCUCCGCUAAUCUUUUUUGCUGUUUAAAACAAAAGUAAAAUCAUAGUGACCAUUUAAACCUAGCAUGUUACAUAAUAGAUAUCUUAAUUCGUCUUUUGAACCGUUAUUUGAUGUCUGCAACAGCCCCCGACACGCACGGUUGCGUUAGCCUAGCUUAAGUAUCUCUAUACUGCCCUUUAACUUGUUGAAAAUCUACUUUAACCGAAUAUGCAAACAUGAGACGACUGUGAGUAACGCAGUUUGUAAUGUGGCCAAAAGGUCAUGGCCAACACACAGAGACACUCACUGCCACAGUUUGGUUUUAUGUUUACGUGUCGUUAACGGCAGCGGCACAAUUAUUAACUCGCAGACUGUGUGGAGCUGCUGGCUGUUUGUGUUCAACCUCUUCGGCCGACUGUCACAAAAAAAAAAAAAGAACCUGGCAAGCGGGGGUUGAUCUCGCGGCGGUUACACAGUGCGGGAAAUUAACGUUAACUCAAACGCCCCCUGCUCAACGGAUUUUACAACGGCUGUUUUUGGCUGGCUUUUACCCACAGUCAUGUGAUUGUAACGUAAAACCCCUAACCGGAAAACACCGACGGACGACCCUCUCUCCGCUGCCAACGAAUGCAGCGUUUACAAGGAACAGUUGAAGCUGCUGCGAGCCCAGAGGACGGACGAGUCUCCGGUAACAAACAAACAACGGCGACACGGCAAACUCCGCCAAUUUAAGGAGCGCGCAGGUUGAAGAAUGGAGUUGGCCAACCAUGGUCUUAUCCUGCUACAGCAGCUUAACGCUCAGAGAGAGUUUGGCUUCCUGUGCGACUGCACCGUGGCUAUAGGAGAUGUCUUCUUCAAAGCCCACAAAGCCGUCCUCGCUGCCUUCUCCAACUACUUUAGAAUGCUCUUCAUUCACCAAGACAGUGACUGUGUGCGUCUUAAGGCUACGGACAUACAGCCAGAUAUCUUCAGCUACCUCCUCAACCUGAUGUACACAGGCAAACUUGCCCCACAGCUCAUAGACCCUGCACGACUGGAGCAGGGGGUCAGAUUCCUGCACGCCUAUCCACUCCUGCAGGAGGCAAGCCAGUCUGUGUAUUCCCACCCCGAGCAAAGCAUCAACCUCUCAACCUCUCUCUAUGGCAUCCAGAUCUCUGACCAACAGGUUGCGCUGUCGGCCAGACUGCCCAGUCGGCAGAAUCUCUCUUCACCCUUUGAUACCGAGCAGGGGAGCUCAGAAGGAAAGUAUCCAGCCACGCCGCCUACUAGUUCAUACACAAAUUCCUUACCACCCAAGCAAGCUUCCUCACCCCCAGAUGUGGAGGCUUCAACUAGUGGUGCAAAGCCUAUGGUUGAGGACGGGGUAAUGGAUGUCUUAAAUGCAGACGGUUCGUCAGCAGGUGCCAUCCUCCAUGUAAAGCCCAGCAUAAUGAAGCGGAGUUCCUCCUUUAGGAAGCAUUACUCCUGCCAUCUCUGCAGGAGUCGAUUCACCCAGAGAAGUCUCCUGCGAGAGCACCUCCUACAGCACACACAGGCUCUUCAGCAGACCUCGACUGAGCCCAGCAAUUCACUCUCACUUGUCAUAACUAAAGAGCACAGCUUAGCAGCUGAGGGAGUUCUAAAGGGAAACAAGGCUGGGUCAAGUGGCUCGGUUGCACCGACAGCAGUCGAGAUCAUUAGCGACAGCGAGCAAACCCCUGUUUCAGGUACCAAUUCGGACUCUCCUCGAGCAGAGGUGUCCACUUCCAGCUGGGGAGUGGGAGGGUUAAAUUCUCAGGCCGAUACGCCGCCUCCUUCAGAUAUCGCGGACAUCGACAACCUGGAGAACACCGACGUGGACCGGGAAGUGAAGCGACGGAAGUACGAGUGCUCCACUUGUGGCCGCAAGUUUAUUCAGAAGAGCCACUGGCGCGAACACAUGUACAUCCACACGGGAAAGCCUUUCAAAUGCAGCACUUGUGGCAAGAGCUUUUGCCGUGCCAACCAGGCAGCCCGGCACGUGUGCCUAAACCAGGGGGCCGACACAUACACCAUGGUGGACCGGCAGAGUAUGGAGCUGUGCGCUGCAGGUGACGACAGCAACCAGAUGGAGGCGAUGUUUAUGGGCUCAUCGAAGCCUUACAAGUGUAACAUUUGUGCAACUACCUUCUCUAGCCCCAAUGAGGUGAUCAAACAUCUGUGUUUCACCCAAGGGGGAUUAGUGGGGCUGCAGGGAAACUCGGGUGCAGGUGCGCUGCUCCCGCGUGAAGAAUUUUCCAAAGAUGAAGGCUCAGAUUUGUCCAACUCUGGUACCCCACUAGAACCCAUAAAGACUGAGGAAAUCCUCGUAGAAUAGUGCCAAGGCUUGUGCUUCUGUCCUGUUUUUGAAGAAAAACAAAAAGUGUGUUAUCUAAAUUAUGUUCAAUAGGUAAGCUAAAGGUAAAGAUAGUCAGGGUAUGUAUGUUUGAGGCUCUCCUAAACGUAAUUUUUUUAAAGGUGCAGUGUUUAGGCCCGAUAAAACAAUGUUUCAAGUAAAUAAGCGGUUACUCGCUCUAUUUGGAAGAAAAUCAAAUACGUGACAUUUGGCUUGAGGCUCGACUACCACUGUUUUGUGUUUUCAUUUAAUUGUUAGCGCACAUUGGUAUUAUAUCUGACAUGUUAGGGUGUACCACACUCUCAUGAGCUACUAUUGUGGUGAGGCAGUUUCUUCUCUAUAAAAGGAAGAGGAAGCCGAGGCAGUUCCGGAGGAGACAGCAUGUUGCAAGAUGAGUUGCCUGUGCUAAAUUUGUGAGAGGUGCAAAGUUCUAACAAUUCCUCUGGACGUGCACAGUAGAGUCGCUUCUACAUGUCCAUAAACGAGAGGCUAAUUUCACAGAUCAGGCAUAAAAAUUUCCGGCUAAAAGCACACAGACCUAAGACAAUCUGUGCUCUUAUUUGAGUAGAUUCUUAAUAUGCAUCAAACUACAUUUGUCUUCCAUUAGUCUACUUGUGAGGGCUCGGCAGAUUGAACACCUCGACAUGUAAUCAUUAAUUCUCAGCAACGAUUUAGUUUCCUUUCUGUUCUGCGGACUGUGAUUGAGGUUCCUGCGUCAGUCCUGUCACGCCACAUUAAAGCACAAUUUCUUUUCAUAAUACGUGUUUGGCCACUGAGGAAAAAGUCACAGGGAACACAGUUCAUCGGUCUACAGUCGUGCCACUUUGAUUCGACUUUUCUCAUCUUUCUUGCUGUGUGUGAGACAUAUUGUAUAACUCUUUAGUUUCUGAUUUGAAGAAGCAACAUGAUCCAUUCAGACACGCAUACCUACAUGGAAGGCUGUCCUGUACAAUAUUUUACAUCUUGUCUUUACAAUUAGCCUGGGUCAUCUUCUAAAAAUCCUUAUAAUAUUUUUUGUAAUGUUUUUUAUUAUUAUUUUAUAUACUGUGCUAUACUUACAAAGACUACAUUGUAUUGAAAAGAUUUAUGUAUACUAGUUGAAAAUAGCUUUUCAAAAUAAAACACACAUAAAGAUGCCCGUAAUAAAUAUCUUUCUCCAAAAAUUAGGCUGUGAUUUAAAAAUUGGGUUUUAAGCCUCCUUAACUUGCCAACUUAGUGCUAAUUGUUGAUAUAUUUUAAAAAUCAUUUUGUGAAAAGGGAAUUUAUUUGGGAAGUUGAAGGGUUGUUUUGUUUUUUUAGUUGUUUGUUUUCUAUUCUUUAGUUUUGUCCACAUUAGAAAAAAGUAGUGGCACCAGCAAUUGUGAUUCAUAGAAAAACGUUGGGCUUGUUCAAGCUGACAGUGGGAUAUAGGAAGAGUUUUGAUUAACAUGAAGUUUGCAAGAUAUACGAAGUAACAGGGUUAUGUAAUUAUAUGGAAUUAUAAAAUGUGCUUUUCACCAAUUCUUUGGGAUAUCCAAACACUUUGUAUGUACUACUGAUGACUGGAACUUGUGAGACAUCUUUUGAAUAAGUGUGGAAUAAAUGUGAAGCUAGGAAAAGUUUUUACUCCUUACAUAAUUUCUCAUCCUCGAGUAUAAUAAGCUCCACUGCUGUAAAUUAAAUGAUAAAGUUGUUAACAAGCGUAUAUUUUCAUUUCUCUAUUUCAGAACUGAACUUUAUUUUAGCUGUGAUUAAAAAUCUACUCUUAGAAAUA